AUGGCACUACUCGUCGAUAGACAGCGCCCUCGCACACUUGACGCCCUCACAUAUCACCAUGAAUUGUCCGCACGACUCAAAGCUCUGGCACAAAGCGGUGACUUCCCCCACCUUCUCGUUUACGGUCCCUCUGGAGCGGGCAAGAAGACUAGAAUAGUUGCCACAUUGAAGGAGCUAUAUGGCCCAGGAGUGGAAAAGAUAAAAAUCGAUGCCCGUGUUUUCCAAACCUCCAGUAAUCGAAAGCUCGAAUUUAACAUUGUUGCUUCAAUAUAUCACCUUGAGAUCACACCGUCCGAUGUGGGGACGUACGAUCGCGUCGUGAUUCAGGAACUGCUAAAGGAGAUAGCACAAACCCAGCAGGUUGACUUAUCCGCGAAGCAGCGAUUCAAGGUGGUGGUUAUAAAUGAGGCCGAUCACCUUACUCGAGAUGCGCAGGCGGCGCUGAGAAGGACAAUGGAGAAGUAUAGUCCGAACCUGAGACUCAUUCUACUCGCCAACAGCACCGCGAACAUCAUUGCUCCUAUCCGCUCCAGAACGCUACUAGUAAGGGUUGCAGCUCCAACGGCGGAGGAAAUAUGCCAAGUGUUAAAACUUUCAGGGAAAAGGGAGGGUUGGAGUGAAGCCCCAGGCUUGAAUAAGAGGAUAGCGAAAGAGAGUGGCAGGAACCUACGCAGAGCGCUUCUUAUUGAAAAAGUGACAGAUGAUACCGUGGUGCCACCGCCAGAUUGGGAAGCCUUAAUCUCCCUUAUUGCCGACGAGAUCAUGGCCGAGAGAUCUCCAGCACGAAUACUUCAGGUUCGGGCACGGCUUUACGACUUGUUAACACAUUGUAUACCUCCAACCACUAUCCUUAAGACAUUGACCUUCAAGCUUGUGUCUAAAGUUGAUGAUAUUUUAAAACCUGAGGUUAUCAAAUGGUCGGCUUUCUAUGAACAUAGGAUAAAGAUGGGAAGUAAAGUUAUCUUUCACCUAGAAGCGUUCGUUGCAAAGUUUAUGAGAGUCCUUGAAGGCUAUUUGAUGGGAAUCGAUUUCUAA